AUGGUCUCCACUCCAGCGCCUGUCAGCGAUGGCGCCCCACCUCCCGUAUCUCCUGGCGGGACGUAUGCGCUGACUACAGUCUCAGUUGGCUGUAAGAUAUACAUUCAACGUCCUGGUCCACAUGGGCAGCAAGAAGAACGAUUGGCCGAGAUUCUUUCUAUUCGUGACAAACCUGUUAAUCCCUAUGCCCGACGGAACCAACCUGUCAAAGAUGAAGACUCUCCAACUAAGUCUGAGGACCGAGAAUUCUUCGUCCACUGGGAGUCUUUCAAUAAGCGGCUGGAUGAAUGGGUUUCGGGUUCACGAUUGGUGCUGAGCAGAGAUUUGGAAUGGCCACGUCCGAAGACUGCUGCGAUCCCAAAGAAGGUCACCCCUUCGAAAGCCCCAGGAAAAGUUCCCCGUUUGCAGGGUUCACAGAGCCUUUUGAAGAAGGCGACCUCAAAUGCGGCCAUGGCUGCAUCGCCGACGCCAGGUCCAUCUACGCCGCUGUUUGGAGAAGAGUAUCCUUCAUCCCCAUCUCCUGCUCCUUCGUUGAAGAGGAAACUACCACAUGACGAGGAAGAAGAGGAAGAAGAAGAGGAUGCGGAAGGCGAAGAUGUGGAUGCGGAAGGCGAAAUGGACGUCGACGGAGAGGGGGAGGUGGAGACCUUUGAUCUGAACCUUAGGGAACCAAUACCGGAGGCCCCUCCACUCUCUUCUUUCAGCAAAGAACAGGAGAUAGAAAAAUUGCGUACAUCUGGUUCAAUGACCCAAUCAAUAUCUGAAAUUGCCCGAGUCAAGAACCUUAACCGCCUUCAAAUUGGAAAGCACGAGGUCGAUGCAUGGUAUUUCAGUCCCUAUCCGAAAGAGUAUGCCCACUUGCCCGUGCUGUACAUCUGCGAAUUCUGUCUAUCCUUUUUCCCGUCCCCGAUGAUGUUUUCCCGCCAUCGACAGCGCUGUACAAUGUUGCACCCGCCCGGCAAUGAGAUUUAUCGCCACGAAGAUAUUUCUUUCUACGAGAUUGACGGCAAGCGGCAACUGACGUGGUGUAGGAAUUUGAGUUUACUUUCCAAGUGCUUUCUCGAUCAUAAAACGCUGUAUUACGACGUCACCCCCUUCAUGUACUAUGUCAUGGCUAAGCGAGAUUCCGCCGGAUGCCACAUUAUUGGCUAUUUUUCAAAGGAAAAAGAAUCCGCUGAAAACUACAACGUUGCCUGCAUCCUAGCUCUCCCUCAGCAUCAGCGUCACGGAUAUGGAAAACUCUUGAUCGAGUUUUCCUACGAGUUGAGCAAGAAGGAGGGGAAACUUGGCAGUCCAGAAAAACCUCUCAGUGACCUGGGGUUGUUGGGUUACCGUGCAUACUGGGCGGAAACUAUAAUUGAACUUUUAAUCAACACCCCUGACGGCGAGCUGAGCAUUGACGACAUCGCGCAAAAAACGUCUAUCACUCAUGCAGAUGUCAUGAAUACCUGUAUAACCUUACAACUUUUCAAGCAUUAUAAAGGCCAGCACAUAAUUUGCCUGAACAACACAGUACUGGAGAAACAUCAGAAAUCCAAGAUUAAACGGAAGCGCCGAAUAUUGCCUGAACACUUGAAAUGGAAACCGCCAGUGUUCACUCGGGAUCAGUUGCGGUUUGGUUUCUAA